AUGAAUAAAAUGCUAGGUCUCUCCGAAGCUCUGCCGCAGCUGGUAGAAUCCAAAUUCACGUCAGCAAGAGCGUCGCAGGCGCUGCUCUUUUCUCCGACCGAGCUCUGCAUCAUCCGCACUGCGGCUGGGAUUCCCUUCCAACUGCGAUACUGUCCUUCCCUCGCGAGGAAGCCGGAGCCGCGCAAGGAUCCGACGCCCAAGAGGAAGAUUGAUCCCUUCGAAAACCCGCCCGCCGAGCUGUUCAUCGCCAACGUACCUACCACGAAUCCAAGCCACUUCCUUGUCCUCAACAAGUUUCCUGUUAUAAAAAGUCAUUUCAUACUUGCGACCAAACCAAACAAGCAGCAGACUCACGCGCUUGAGGAGGACGAUCUCAAGGCAGCAUAUGCCUGCCUAAAAGCAUGGCAAACCAGGGACAACCGCUGCCGCCUGUUCGCCUUCUUCAAUUCAGGCGACCAUAGCGGAGCUAGCCAGCCGCACCGCCAUCUGCAGUUCCUCCCUGUGGACAGCAUGCAUGAGGGCGAGCAAUCUGCGGGAUGGGAUGUGCUCCUGGAUUCUAUCUUGACAAACGGAACGGAAGAUGCUUCUACCAGCGUUGUCCAGCAUCCAAAGCUUCCCUUUUCACACUUCGCGUGCAGGUUUACUUCUGAGCCGUCUGGCACACAGCUUCUUAGCACGUACAACCGCCUGUACCGGGAGGCAAAGCAAGCGAUCGACGGCUACAUUUCAGCACAUCCCGGCCAUCUCAGCCUACACGAGUCCGCCCAUGGUGAUCUCCCCAUCAGCUACAAUCUGGCUAUGAGCACGCAGGGCAUGGCGAUUGUUCCCAGGCGGAACGAGGGCCACAUGAUGCGACGCGAUGACGGAACUGACAUUGGAUUCGUACAACUCAAUGGGACGGUACUCGGAGGCACGCUCAUGGUCAAGUUCCCAGAAGAGUGGGACACGCUUCGACAACAGCCGGAAAAACUUGAUGCUAUUCUUGAAGCUAUUGGCAUACCCAGAACUACCGAAACGACUAAGCUGUGA